UUCAGCUUUCUGUGCUCCUCUGUACACCAUCUCAUUUCGUCCUAAUUCUUUCCCUUCUCAGGCAUCCCCCUUCCUUUCAGAUCGUUCUUCUAAAUCAAUGUCCAUCUCGCCUCUCUGAACGUCUCCAUCACCUUCCUCCUGAGAACAUUAGACUAAAAAAAUGCUACGAACACGAACCGGUACAGGAUCCCAAGUCCUCCAACGCGGCCAAACCGCACCAACCCUCCAAAUAGUUUCCCUAGCAGGUCAAUCCGGCUUCUCGCGAUCCGCAAACGUGCAUGGCUUCGCUAGUAGCUCCACUGCUACACGAACACAGACACAAACAAGGCCGAGAACAGCAACCCGAACAGCAGCGGGUGCGCCCGCUCCGGGAGAUCCAGGUGGUAGUAGGACUAUUACUUCAACUGCAGAUGAUGAAAAGAAAAAGAGGAAGGAGAAUGAGAAUGAGAAAGAAAAUAAGAAAUUGAGAGCGAGACGGGAGAGGCACUUGCAGAAGGAGAUAAAGAAGGCCCAGAAAGUCGAGGAGAAUAGGAAGAAGGCAGUGAGGAGAGCAGAGAGGAGAAAGGCGAUUAAGGAUGAAGGAGGGUUUUUGAAAUUCUGGUGGAAAAAGGCCUGUGGUGGUAGUGCUGCGAAGACUGCAGCUGGGGAUGAAACGGGGGGCAAGGGGGUCAGGCGGGAUGGGGGGGAAGGGUGCUAUGUCAGGAGGAGUUUCAGCGGUAGAUCUAAGUAGAACUGGCGUCCCUAGACAGCCAGAUAUGGGUGCAAGAGAUGCAGCUGGGGCGGGGUGGGUAAAGAAUCGGGGGAGGGCUGUUUCUGAUGUUAGAGUAGAAAUGGAAGGCGGAGAGGUGAAGAUACAUGGUGCGGUUCCGAGAUUGAGGUACGCACCGGCUGGAGCGGCUGGACUGGGAGAUCCUAGUACUGGGGGUAUGAGUGCCGUAGCCGGGAACGAGAAGGGAAAGAGCUGGAAGGGUGAAGCGAGGCAAGAAGAUUUGGUGAAGACAGGUGGAUGUUUUGGGUGCAUGUGUUUUUAGAGAAUAUUUGUGCUGAGAUAUGAUUAAUUGUAUAGUAAAUUCAGCCUUGUUAGAAAAUUGAAAUAUCC